UCCAGCACAAAUGAUCUUCAUUCCAAUACACACACGGAGCGGAGCUCUAGCUGCUCGCAAAUGCACUGCGCUUUCGCUCAGGGAGUUACUAAAUUCAAAUUAAAGCAAUUUUAAGUCCAAGAGUAACACGCGCGCAUGUGCAUAUGUAGACGCAUUGGAUUCUAGUAUGGUGUACAUACAACAAGAAAACGAGAGAAUUAUAACUCCUUAAACCCGUUUCGGAUUUGCCUGCCAUCCUUUGUGAAACUGCCAGUUUUCGGGGAAAACAUCAUUGAAAUUUAGUGAGCGGACACUGUGAAAGGGGAAAUCUCCCCUUGUAGGUUGGUCGCCAAAUGCGAAGUAUACGCGAUUCAAGACAUUCGCUCAACCCAGGUUUUGUGAUCUAGGCAGCAGGAGGACUCUGAACGUGGAGAAGGGUAUCGGAGUUUUUCUCUUUUCUUCCAUUUUUUACGGAGGGAACCCUGGGUUUGAAACUGGUGGACUGGGUUCAAGGGGGUUCGGCGGUACAGUGAGGAUUUAUUCACAUUCGCCCUGGGACUUACUUUAAUGCCCAAGCUCCCUGGUUUAUGACAAUGGAUUAUUUGCUGUUUUUAUGCGGCUUUUUGCUGCCUGUAGUGUUAGCCGUUGAAGAAACACUGAUGGACACCAAAUGGGCCACAACUGAGCUGUCCUGGACUGCACAUCCUGAGACAGGGUGGGAGGAGGUGAGCGGCUAUGAUGAUGCCAUGAACCCCAUCAGGACGUACCAGGUGUGCAACGUGCGUGAACUCAACCAGAACAACUGGCUCCGCAGUGACUACAUCCCACGCAAGGAUGUGCUACGCAUCUAUGUGGAGAUGAAGUUCACUGUUCGCGACUGCAACAGCAUCCCUAACAUCCCAGGCUCUUGCAAGGAGACCUUCAACCUGUUCUACUAUGAGUCAGAUGGGGACACAGCCACUGCCACCAGCCCCUUUUGGAUGGAGAACCCCUACGUGAAGGUGGACACCAUUGCCCCGGAUGAAAGCUUCUCCAUGCUGGAGUCUGGGCGGGUCAACACCAAGGUGCGCAGCUUUGGCCCACUCUCCAAGGCUGGCUUUUACCUGGCCUUCCAGGACCUGGGCGCCUGCAUGUCUCUCAUCUCUGUCCGCGUCUUCUACAAGAAGUGCUCCACCACCAUUGCCAACUUCGCUGUGUUCCCUGAGACGGCCACGGGGGCCGAGGCUACCUCCCUGGUGAUCGCACCAGGUACCUGUGUGCCCAAUGCCCUGGAGGUGUCCGUCCCCCUCAAGCUGUACUGCAACGGCGACGGCGAGUGGAUGGUUCCUGUGGGCUCAUGCACCUGUGCAGCUGGGUUCGAGCCUGCCAUGAAGGACACACAGUGUCAGGCCUGCAGUCCUGGGACAUUCAAGUCCAAACAGGGUGAGGGAUACUGCUCCCCAUGUCCCCCAAACAGCCGUGCAAGCUCGGGGGCCUCCAACCUCUGCUCUUGCCGAAAUGGUUUCUACCGUGCUGACAACGACUCACCAGACUCCCCUUGCACCACUGUCCCCGGGCCUCCCCGGAAUGUCAUCUCCAGCGUGAAUGAGACCUCCCUGGUGCUGGAGUGGAGCGAGCCGCGUGAUGCAGGCGGCCGGGACGACCUCCUCUACAAUGUCAUCUGCAAGAAGUGCCUGCCAGAGCGGGGCAUGUGCUCUCGUUGCGAUGACAACGUGGACAUCUCGCCCCGCCACCUGGGUCUGACGCAGAGGAGGGUGGCCGUUCGCAACCUUCAGGCCCACACCCAGUACAGCUUUGAGAUCCAGGCUGUCAACGGUGUGUCCAACAAGAGCCCCUACUCCCCGCAGUUCUCCGCCGUUAACAUCACCACAAACCAAGCGGCCCCAUCUGCAGUUCCUACAGUCCACCUGAUGGGGGCCACAGCCAGCACCAUGAGCCUCUCCUGGCUGCCUCCAGAGAAACCCAACGGAAUCAUCUUGGAUUACGAGAUUAAGUACCAUGAGAAGGUGAGCAGCAAUGACCAGGGGGAGGCCAUCGCACACACGAUGACAGCGCAGCGGAGCUCCGCCCGCAUCGAGGGGCUGAAGGCGGGCACUCCAUACGUGGUACAGGUCCGAGCCCGGACCGUGGCAGGUUACGGCCGCUACAGUAUCCCUGCGGACUUCAGCACCAACCUGCAGAGUGACCCUGAGAAAUCCCUGCAGGAGCAGCUGCCCCUCAUCGUGGGCUCUGCCACGGCUAGUCUGGUCUUCAUUAUUGCUGUUGUAGUCAUUGCCAUCGUCUGCCUCAGGAAGCAACGCAAUGGCUCCGAGUCAGAAUACACAGAGAAACUGCAACAGUAUAUCACUCCUGGGAUGAAGGUCUAUAUUGACCCUUUCACAUACGAGGACCCUAAUGAAGCUGUCCGCGAGUUUGCCAAAGAAAUCGACAUCUCCUGUGUGAAGAUCGAGGAGGUCAUCGGGGCAGGUAACCGACACAAGCUCCUGAGCAGCAGGGGGAAGACUGCUAUGCACUUCCAGGCCAUACCGUUAGAGGACUUCAAUCCAAGCGGAGAGUUUGGGGAGGUCUGCCGUGGUCGGCUGAAGCUUCCCGGCCGGCGGGAGAUCAUUGUGGCCAUCAAGACGCUAAAGGCCGGCUACACUGAGCGACAAAGGCGGGACUUCCUGAGCGAGGCCAGCAUCAUGGGUCAGUUUGACCACCCCAACAUCAUCCGCCUUGAGGGUGUAGUGACCAAGAGCCGGCCGGUCAUGAUCGUCACAGAAUUUAUGGAGAAUGGAGCUCUGGACUCUUUUCUCAGGCUGAAUGAUGGGCAGUUCACUGUCAUCCAGCUGGUUGGGAUGUUGAGGGGCAUCGCAGCGGGGAUGAAGUACCUCUCUGACAUGAACUAUGUCCACCGCGACCUUGCUGCCCGCAACAUCCUGGUCAACAGCAACCUGGUGUGCAAAGUGUCUGACUUUGGCCUGUCCCGCUUCCUGGAGGAUGACCCCACAGACCCCACAUACACCAGCUCUCUGGGAGGCAAGAUCCCCAUUCGCUGGACAGCCCCGGAGGCCAUUGCCUACAGAAAGUUCACCUCGGCCAGCGAUGUGUGGAGCUAUGGCAUCGUCAUGUGGGAAGUGAUGUCAUAUGGCGAGCGCCCAUACUGGGAUAUGAGCAACCAGGACGUGAUCAACGCCGUGGAGCAGGACUACCGGUUGCCUCCUCCAAUGGACUGUCCCACCGCCCUCCACCAGCUCAUGCUGGACUGCUGGGUGAAGGAAAGGAACCUGAGGCCCAAGUUCUCACAGAUUGUCAACACACUCGACAAGCUCAUCCGCAACGCGGCCAGCCUUAAAGUGGUCACCAGCACGCAGUCCGGGGUCUCCCAGCCCCUCCUUGACCGUUGUGUCCCUGACUACACCACCUUUACCACUGUGGGUGACUGGCUGGACGCCAUCAAGAUGAGCCGCUACCGUGAAAACUUCCUCAAUGCUGGCUUUGCUUCCUUUGAGCUGGUGGCACAGAUGACUUCAGAGGACCUCCUACGGAUAGGGGUGACAUUGGCUGGCCACCAGAAGAAGAUUCUGGGCAGCAUCCAGGACAUGCGGCUACAGAUGAACCAAACACUGCCCGUCCAGGUCUGAAGAAAAAGGAGGUGGGACCGUGCCAGAGAGACCCAAUGGGAAAGCUCAGCUGCCUGAUCGUCUCUGCCAAUCAGAAAACUGGCUUGCAGUGCCUCAGACAUUUUUUUCUCCAUUUCCUGUUUUCCAUGUUAUUACUGCGUUUCCAUCUGAAAGACACUCAUUAUGAUUAUUUUGUAAAUUUAAAAAGAAAACCCAUAUCCCUUCCGUGCCUCCUGGGGUCGGGCAUGGGCCUCUGUUUGCAUGCGUGUGUGUGUUUCAUGAGGAUGGGUGGGACUUCACUGAUUUCCUGAGCUGUGUCACUUCCUCCCCAACUCUCCCACCCCAUCAGAGUAUCCGCAACAGAGGAUGGAAAAGACCAAACAUGGCUUGAGUAACAAAAAAGAAACAAAACUGAAAAAGCGAACUAGCUUUUUCACAAAAAGAAAAAAAGUGUUUGGACGGCCAGAGGAUAGCAGAAAAUCUCUCCUGUAGUGAUUUUAUUUGUGUGUUUUCCCAUCUUCAUAUUGAAGAUGAUUUAUUUAAAGGGCACAUGCCUGUGGAAGAAAAGAAGGUUACAAACAAGCUGGCUGAGAUGUGAUGGAAAGGCAAGAAGAGGGAGCCGAGAUGGCAACAUUGUCACCAAUUCAAUAUAAUGGAUGGAAUUCUAAAAGAAAAUGACUGAUGUUUCCUCAGUCAGGAAGCAAUGUUAAAGCGGGUAUUUUCACGAUGGCUGCGAUGGUUUGGAAGUAAUCAUAGGCUGUGUUUUGUUAUUAUAAUUGCUGUUCAUUUGUGUAUCAGCCUGUUUUUGUUUGGUUGGUUUUUUCAAUUGUUUCAUGUUAUUGGGAGAGCUGCGUUUCAAGCGGGCUGGUCUGCUCUGUGUGACUCCAAGGUGUUCAUGACCCCUCUCACAGGACAAUGGGUGCAGUCUGGGGAGACAAGGACACAAAAAACAGACUGACCGGCCUUUGCAUUGUGCGUGCGAGAACGUGUGUGAAAGUUUACACACAAAUACUGUACAAUACAGCUUCAACUAUGCGCCACAAUGGAAAGUUUGCGCAUGAACCGAAUUGUGACAAGAAACAAUUAUUUCUGAAAAAGUUACUCUGUGGACAAUUGUUAACUUUUUUAUUGGAUCCAAAAUGAAAAUAGUUUAAAUAUAUAUAUGCAUUGUUCACAAACUGAAAGCAACGACAAAAUGAGACCAUACAUAUUUUCUACUAUUAUGUGGAUUUACAAUUAAUCUCUUGUUUACUUUCUUCAUUUCGCCUAUGUAUUUAUUUCUUCCCUUCCAGGUAAAUGGGCCAUUAGAACUGUGCAGUUAAACAAAACCAAUCAAUAGGAAAAAAACACCCUGAAGGACAAUUGUGAAAAUGAAUUGAUAAUUAUAACAAUCUCAUAUAAAUUGAAUAUUGUAUUUUUGUUGUUGUUCUAAACAGCCUGUACAAGUUUUGUAACAAAAAAAAAAGAAAGAAGUUGCAACAAAACACAAGGAUACCCAAGGAAACCAUUGAAGCGUUAUCAUGAGAUGCCAGUGUCGUGUGGAUUUUAAUGGAAUGAGUAAAUUGUGAAAGGGAGGUAUAUAGAUCAGGACAAAGAAACUAAGGAAUGUAAGGAGACAGAGGAUGUGGUGAAGAGAAUGUCCUCUGUCUUCUCUUGUCCUUUCAUCACGGUGAACCAUUUCAGUGCUGUGACAUACAACAAUCUGACACACAAAGUGCUUGUAAUUCUUCAGUGCAAUGCAUACUUAUCUUAUCCACUGCCUGAAAGCUUCAGCUCUGAAACUGAUGUACAAAAAACAGUGCAUUAGCAAGUGAAAUCCCAUCUCAGUUUAGAUUCAUGCAUUAUCGAUACUUCUCUUUAACACGUAGGCAAAGGAACUGACUGUGCGGUGAGUGGCCCUGUGACGCUGUCACCCCAUGUCUUCCAUGCGCACAUUGGCAGUUUAUACUGCGAGAACCUCCUCUCCUCCUAGGCUCCUCAUAUCUCCUGCAGGAUUUCUUGCAAUCUGCCCAAGGGCCUUUACACUACUGUCCAUUUGUGCUCAUACAUCUGGAGGCUUGACAUCGGGGCUCUGUCUUUGAGGUGGAGCUUAACAGCAGAGCUCCCCCUCAAGCAAAGCUCUAUCACAGAGGUUCCGUCGCUGAGCCCAGAGGUGGAGCUCCGUUGUAGGGCUCAAUCUGGCGCCAAGCUAUGCAGUGUGGAGCAGACAGUCGCAGUGUCUGACUCGUCCGCUGCUGUCGGGCAAGUGGCCCUCUGGUCCGAGCCUGUCAGAGUGAUUAACGCAGGGAGCAAUCUGCCGCUUCCAGGAAUAUAUUUACACCCAGAGACGGAUUGCCUCUCUAUGAUUAUCUGUCUAUUUCUCCCUGGCUGCAAUCAUCUAGUCUCAUUCUGCCUUGGCCUGAUUUGUACAGUGCACAGCCUGUCUAGGACCCACAGCCUUGGGCUCAAACAGGAAAGCAAGAGCAUAUCAUAAAAGAGAACGGCUGCAUCACCUGGACUGCGGCACUACACCUACAGAGAGUGGGGAAGGGAAUGGGGGUGGGGGUGAUAGAGUUCUCAAGUGUAGAUACAUAUUGAUUUGAGCAAUGCAAUAUGUGAAUAUCUUAGUUCAGGUUUUUUGUCAAAGUGGCAUGGUGUCCCUGUAUGAGACCUCUGUCAGCCUUCCUGAGCUUUACAAGAACCUAAUGACAUUAUGCAAAAUCUUAGAAAUAAUCUCAUACCCCUUAGAUUUGACGAAAGGGCUUAC